AUGUCGACCUACGAGGAAGCUGUGAACGCCCAAGCUAUUGUCUGGUCUGACGAACAAUACUCUCUCGCUGAAAUUGUUGAAAAGUUUGAGCAUAAUCUUCCACAGCUUGUCCGUGUCUACCAAGGUAUUUAUGGUUCGGAGUCAUUCUCCACUGGUGACGUGUUCAAGGUACAGGGAAUACGCCGUGAGCGUAAGAUACUAGCGUCAGUUGGCCUUCAAAACAUCCAAAUUACGAUUCCAUUCUCAUUUCGGGGAACGCUGCGUGUCCUAUCAGACCAACGAAAUUCGAGUAUCCCUCGUAACAAUGAAUAUAGAGUGGACGAGCUUCUCGAGGCAUUCACGUUGCCAGUUAAGGCUAAGUUUAUUGAAUAUGAUCGACGUACGGCCGAAAUGUUGUCGGACCUUGGCGGGGCCGAGCAGAUAUUCACAUUUGAGAGAGAAUUGACCGAGACUUAUGUCAUAGCUAGUACGAAAGUCGAGAACGUUCGACAUAUGUGUGUAAUGACUGUGAAUCUUGAAAUCGAGUUCGAAAUAGUAACAGAUGAUGAAUCAGACGCCUCCGACUACCAACUCAUCGUUGAGACGUUUCUGCCAAAAAUUGAAGUCGGAAAAAUGAUUGACGUGCCUUAUUUAGAGUACUACGAACGACCAACUGUUUAUGAGCCAAAGAAGGACGAUCUUUAUUGGAAUGCCGAAGUGGAUGCUUACUUCAAUACUGCCCCGGUCGCAAAACCUCGAAAAAGAACGCCACUUCCAACAGUCGCUCCAAAAGUGGACAGAAAGACGAAGCCCAAACAAGAACUACACUUGGAGAAUACAUAUGUUAUCCGUGAAGAACUUUCCUAUGGCCAUGAUCCAGAUUUUGAAGAAAUACCGGAGGAAAUUCGUAUACGACGACAGCAGAAAAUAGCGGAAAUGACAGCCAAAGAGACUGAUACAUCCACCACUGUUGCUGUGGUUACGCCAACUCCACGCCCUAAGUCAAUUGUCGGUCGAUUCCUCCCACAACGUAAAGAGCGACAUCAUCCCGGAAAACACCAACAUAAACACCAACAGAAACAAGAACAACAACAACAACAACCUGAUAUAUAUGCGAAUGGCGAUGACAUAAAGAGAAGUCAACUCGACAUAUCACAAAUGAGUGUUAACGACGUGGCUGCAUUUCUACGUAACGAAGUUCACGUUGACGAAAGCGUUGUUAAAAUAUUUGUGGAAAAUGAAAUAGAUGGCGCCUUACUCCUCGAUUUAAAUGAGGACAUUCUUCGUCAACAGUUUGAUAUUGCACAUUUUGCUGCUCUUAAAAUUAUUAAAUCUGCUCGGGGUUGGAGGCCAAAGGUUAAGUAG